GGGCAAGGAGGCGGGGCCGCGCAGGCGCCGUGAGGGGCGGUAGCGGCGGCGGCGGCGGCGGUAGCGGCAGCAGCGGCGGCAGCUGUGAGGGGGUUCCGGGAAGAUGGUGCUGAUCAAGGAAUUCCGUGUGGUUUUGCCAUGUUCUGUUCAGGAGUAUCAGGUUGGACAGCUUUACUCUGUUGCCGAAGCUAGUAAGAAUGAAACUGGCGGUGGAGAAGGAAUCGAAGUCUUAAAAAAUGAACCUUACGAGAAAGAUGGAGAAAAGGGACAGUAUACACACAAAAUCUAUCACCUAAAAAGCAAAGUUCCUGCAUUCGUGAGGAUGAUUGCUCCAGAGGGCUCCUUGGUAUUUCACGAGAAAGCCUGGAACGCAUACCCCUACUGUAGAACAAUUGUAACGAAUGAAUAUAUGAAAGAUGAUUUCUUCAUUAAAAUUGAAACAUGGCACAAACCAGACUUGGGAACAUUAGAAAAUGUACACGGUUUAGAUCCGAACACGUGGAAAACUGUUGAAAUUGUCCACAUAGAUAUUGCAGAUCGAAGUCAAGUUGAACCAGCAGACUACAAAGCUGAUGAAGACCCAGCGUUAUUCCAGUCAGUCAAGACCAAGAGAGGCCCUUUGGGACCCAACUGGAAGAAGGAGCUGGCAAACAACUCUGACUGCCCUCAGAUGUGUGCCUAUAAGCUGGUGACCAUCAAAUUCAAGUGGUGGGGACUGCAAAGCAAAGUAGAAAACUUCAUUCAGAAGCAAGAAAAAAGGAUAUUUACGAACUUUCAUCGCCAACUUUUUUGUUGGAUUGACAAGUGGAUUGAUCUGACAAUGGAAGACAUUAGGAGAAUGGAGGAUGAAACUCAGAAAGAACUAGAAACAAUGCGUAAGAAGGGUACCGUCCGAGGCACGUCGGCUGCUGAUGUCUAGAUGAGUCCCCUGUAGGGUCAGAGACAAUAUCAAACUGUUUACGUAAUCAAGGUCAAGUGAGGGGAACAAGUGCAGCCAGUGAUGAGUGAAGAAGAAUCUGACCAGUAUCUUGCAGUGUUGACGUUUCCCAGACGUGUGCUUGUGAUUAUGUACUCACGUGCACAGAUUCCCAACCACGUGUGUAUAUAUGUUUGUGUGUGUGUGUCUGUAGCUGUAUAUAAGACGCAUGUAGAGCUACAGAUCAAAACACACACACGUGUAUAUAUGUACAUACAAACAUACUGAAGGGAUUAGUACAAUUUCUCCAAAGUACUGUACCUAUCUUCAGCAAGAAUGCAAAAGAAAAUAUUUUCAAUAUAUAUACCUGGAACAGAUUUUAAUAAUUAUCAGAGUAAUGCCAUUAAUGGACAAAUUGACUGCAAUGUAAUACUAGCUGGUAUGUUUCAUAAAUGUCGAAUUGUGGACCAAUAUAUGUGUGUGUGUGUGUGUGUGUGUGUGUGUGUGUGUGUAUACACACACACAACAUAGCCUUUUAUUACUUUUCUGUUCUUUUAAAUCCGUCUCUUAUAAAAUUUUAUUUUAGUCUCAUAAGCAACAGACUCCCACAGAAAAAUUUAUUCAACAUCUUUUGGUAUUCCAAUGAAUCUGGAAUGUAAACUCUGAAUGUAUUUAUACCGAUUUAUUUCUGGAUGGUUAUUAUCUUAAAUUCAAAUUGGACAAUGUCUAUUAGUAAGGAGUGUAGUUACCUGCCAAUUUUUAACUUGUUUGCCCUGAGGGAAAAAUCGUUUUAAAAAAACAAAGUUCCGGUUUUUAUUGGAUUUUUGUAUUUUAAAUUUCAAGUAUUUUUCUACAUCAAACCUAGCAAAAAUGGAGAUGACGGCUUGUGAUUUAUAAUAAACACUAUACAAUUUUCAGGCUCCUGUUAGGCAAGCAAAGAAAUUGAUGAAGAAAUUAAUAGCAUUGUAGGCUGCAGGAAAACUUGGAAGUAGAGCAUUUCUGCAGAGUCUUGUUUCUGGAAUGACUGUUUUCUGAAAUUAGAGCUUGGAAACUAUGCAAAUGAUCUCGAUUCCUCACAGCUUACGAGGUAGAACACAGAUAGUGAUGACGGUUUGCUCUUUUCAUAUUGAAAUACACCCUAAGAGAGAAGGUGCCUUUGAGACAGCAGGGAGGGAGGGAGGAAUUGGGGGGGCAGCACUGGCCUGUCCGCACACCUUCCUAGGCCGAGGCCCUGCAGAGGGCCUAGCCCUCACUAGAGGUGCUGUCUAGUAGGGCGCCACUGGAACCCGUCACUAGUAAGCGUCACGAACAUGCUGGUUAGCAGCCUCGGCCACCUUGUCUUCUUCCUUCUUCCUUCUUUAAAAAAGGAAACGAAGCUAGGUAAGAUUUUUAUCAGCUUUCUCUGUCCAAACCUGUUUUCUCCUGUCAGUCCUGGAAGCUUGACUAGAAUGAUAUUGUUGAAGCCUUCCGGUCACAAACCGUCUUCUUUAACCUCUCGUCCCUCCUACAGCACACCGGCCCCUGUGGUCAUAUCAGUUUGUAAUCUGAUUUGCUGACAGUCCUGCCCGCUCCGCUUCUCAUUUGCCCACAAGGCCUGUGUCCCCACCGAGGCGGUGGCAGUGACUCGGACCGGGGUGUUUAGGAUCACUGCCGCACCCACGAUGCCCUGUUAGCCUUGGCUACGGACCCCACGUUGCAUAUGUCCUCCGUGUACUCAGGAUCAAGACUGAUGUUUACUCUCUGGGCACUGUUGUAAGAUAGGUGUUGUCAAAGCAUAAUCAUUUUUGUCUGCAAAGUGUUUGGUGCAAGGAAGAUUAUUGCUAAUUUUGUGAAAUAAAGAGUCUCGCCCUCUCCUUUUAACGGACUUAACUCUCUGUAGCAUCACCGGGAGCUGGGGCGCACAUGGAAAUGAGAGCCCAGCGCAUGGAUUCUAAUGUUUUUCUAACAACUGUGGAGAUUUGAGGGAAUGCGUGGUGAAUGUAAAAUAUCUAGUUUACUUGGCAGUCUCUUGUGUAAAUUACAGUAAAACAAAGUAAAUGAAAUUUAAACAAAAAAUAAAUUUGAUCACAAAAUGCCA